AUAUAAAGUUGUGUUUAUUCUAUGUAAAUAACACGGAUACAAUUGUUAUAAUAGUUCACAAAGAUUAAAUUAGUGGUUGUAACGUUAGAAAAUUUAAUUUUUUUUUUUUAAGUUAACGCCAUCUAGCGUAUGCGUGGCGCAGUGUGGGGAAAUAAUAUAAUUAUGAAACACUGCUUAGUGCUCUUACUCGACACAGCAUGGCGUGAUUGUGCUAUCUUGUCUGUGGUUCGAGGGUGAGAUUGGCUCAGCACUAUAGGCGGAACAUUCGAGAACCGUAAGACUAUUCGUAUAAAAGGACAAGUCGCUUUGUCCGAAGCCUUUUUCAAUCAACAUCUCUCGAGCUGCAGUGCAAGUUUUAUUACGUAUUUACCAAAGUCAAUUUAACAGUUCCUUGGUGUAUUUUUAUUCAACCAGGAGAACAGCCGUUGAGUUUGGAAUAUAAUUUUCAAGGCACUAAACAAGAAUGCCAUCCGAGAAAGACCUUAUCAUAGAUGACAAUGAGGACUUCGAAAACGACCUGAACGACAUACCCAAAACUAGAAAUAUUUAUGAUAAGCAAUCGGACUUUCAGAUAAAGAUUAAACCCGACCACCUGCCCGAGAAGAUAGAUGAAGAUGAAAAAAUAAUAAUCGAUUGGGAAACAACAUCUGUAAUCAAACGAACGACAUACCCAAAACUAGAAAUAUUUAUGAUAAGCAAUCGGACUUUCAGAUAAAGAUUAAACCCGACCACCUGCCCGAGAAGAUAGAUGAAGAUGAAAAAAUAAUAAUCGAUUGGGAAACAACAUCUGUAAUCAAACGCGAAGAUUCGUUAUCUACGCCGAGAAGGAUUAGGCGAAGCAAACGCAGCACUAGAAAUGCGAAGCUAAGCGUCAUCUUGAGGUCAUCUAAACGUCACAUAAACGUCAUCUAAAGGUAUCAGUUAACUUCGACUCCAACAACAAUCAUAAUGUAAUGUCGGAUAAUACAGGCUACCGGUUUUAAUUUUAGCGUAGUGACUUCUACAAAUGUAUGUGGAAAUUAAUUAUUAAACUAAUGUCGGUCUGGUUUAGUUACGUCAUGGCAUUGUUUAGUCGGUUGGUGUCAGUUGGUGUUAACGCAUCUUCCGGGGAAAGACAUUUAUUUAAGAGUUUUAAAUAUGUGUAUUCUAUGAUCACGGUGUAGAAGAUUACACUGUAGAUUAAGGGGAAAUCGGACCCUUUUUUUAUUUAUUGCUUAGAUGGAUGUGGAAAAGUAUUGUGACUUCCCAGAUUUGUCCCUCUUCUAACACCAGUCUCUAUUCUCCCAAUCUACUGUAUCAGAAGCGAAGACCAUUGUUUUUAUUUUUAAUCAGAUCUCUCUCACAACUCAAACGAUGUGAGUUUUAGAUUUAAUUUAAAGAAUAUUCUUUGAUUUCAUAAAGAUUAGCACAGUUAUAAAUGAUUUUGUUUACAAGACAAAAAGAAAUAUAAAAAUGGCGCCGGACACAAAAAUGGCGCCGGAUAUAAAAAUGGCGUCGUACACCUUUCCAUUUUAAAUCGAAGUUUUAAACGUAAUAAUACCCGAUAACCCACCGUUCGAAGUGCUUGACUGCUUCGUGGCUGUCAAUAGGCAUGAUUUUGGUACACGUCCGGACUCAAAACGUAACAAUCACUUAUAUUGUUUCAUCCUUAAAAUCCUUUAAUGACUGUAUUUCAUUUUCAUAUAUGUAGUGUGUGUCGAAUUAAAAAAAAAGAUAAUGUUUCAUCAAUCAAGUUCCAUUUUAUCGUCACAUAGAAUUUAAAUACGUGAACAAAACUAGUUCAGAGAAAAGUGUUUUAAUGGUGGCCUCUUAAAGCAGGAAAUUUGUUGUUUUUUUUGAAGUGAAACUUCCUUAUCGGCGUUGGAAAAAAAUUUACCGUCACAUUUUUCGGUUACGCGUCACAUUUUUCCGUUACGCGCCAUCUGUUUUGUAUUCAUGUCUAUGAUAAUAAAAUCCUUUUGUUUAAACUUUAUCUAAUUUAACUUUUUGUAUUCAUGUCUAUGAUAAUAAAAUCCUUUUGUUUAAACUUUAUCUAAUUUAACUUUUUGUAUUCAUGUCUAUGAUAAUAAAAUCCUUUUGUUUAAACUUUAUCUAAUUUAACUUUAUUUAACCAAUUUCUAGAAAGUUGCAUGUAGAUCAUUUUUCGAAAAAUAAGGCCAUAAAUAAGUUUCACUUCUUACGUGUGUACACUAGUACACGCACACAUUUUUUUGUACGGAUGUGGUUGAUACUUGUGGUAAAUUAUUCAAUAUAUUAAUACACGAACGAAAUCAUUAAUUUGAGGUUAGGAUUUUUUUCAACGUUCGCGCCAAAAAGAUUACACAUGCCCAUUCAUCUGUGUGCUUAGUGCGAGACUUUUAACGUUCUCGAUAGCGUAAGAGUUAACUCAAAUUUGUAUGGAGUUGGAACGUUUGCCUACAUUUGCCACUAGGGGCGCUGUUCCAACUGCAUACAAAUUUGAGUUAACUUUUACGUAUCGAAAAAUCUUAAGCAACUCGCACUAAGCACACAGCAGUAAGCAGUAAUGCGUUUCGGUUUGAAGGACUGUAACUAUACUGAGACCUUAGAACUUAUAUCUCAAGGUGGGUGGCCCAUUUCCGUCGUAGAUGUCUAUAGGCUCUAGUAACCACUUAAUACCAAGGCUUUGAGCUCGUCCGCCCACCUAAGCAAUAAGUAAAAAUUAUAACUGUUUUUCAAUGUUUUGUUUUGGGUGUGCCAUAAAUCACUUUAAUAAUCUCUUUCUUUAACAUCUAGUUUUAAUAUUAGUUUUUGUUUAAGUUUUUUGUUUUUGUUUUAUAUGUUCCUUUUUUUUAAACAAUAAAUUUUUCUGAUGGAAA